ACUCUUUCUGUCCUCUCGCGGCUGCCGUCGCCGGUCCGGGCUGCACCGGUGAACGACAGCAGUCCGUCCACCUAACGUUACAGUCAGAUCGCUAUCGCAAAAAUGGCUAACGUGGUGCUGGAGUUUAAGGCUUCUGCCGGUGACUCCGAGCCACAGAGUCGCCCUGUAUUGAUUAUCGGACAGCAGGCCAUCCUUCAGCAAGUCAGCUGGAGCCAAAUCAAAGGGAAACUUCAGCCAGUCGUUAGCAAAGAGAUCUGGCAGGCAGCUCUUGGUACUUUGAACCCAAACCCCACGGACAACUGCCCUCUGUACCUCAACCAUGCUGUGGUGGCUGCACUUCCCUCACGGGUCAGCAGACACAACAGCCCAUCUUCUGCCCACUUUGUGUCCCGUCUGGUCCGUUCCUGCCUGCCCGGAGGCAACAAUCGCUGCAUUGUGAUGGUGUGUGAGCGUUCAGAUGUGUUCGCCUCCUCCUGUGCCAUCGCCAGGGCCUUCCCCAUGUUCUCUCGCCGCUCCUCAUCCUCACGAAGGAAUGAAAAGAAACAUGUCACUGUGGAGUUUGUGAUCAUCGGGCAAGACAGCAGUCCCCUAGAUGUUGCAGAACUUGAGUGUCUCUCCAAUGCUGCUGAUGGAGUGCGGCUGGCAGCUCGCAUUGUGGACACACCAUGCAAUGAGAUGAACACAGAUCACUUUUUAGAUGAAAUCAAGGCUGUGGGAACUGAACUCGGAAUUACUCCGGUGAUCAUUCGUGGAGAGGAUUUAAAACAAAGAGGGUUUGGAGGUAUUUAUGGAGUUGGCAAGGCAGCCGAUCACCCUCCUGCAUUAGCAGUCUUGAGCCACACACCAGAUGGUGCAACCCAAACCAUUGCAUGGGUGGGCAAGGGCAUCGUCUAUGACACUGGAGGACUCAGCAUCAAGGGGAAGACCACAAUGCCAGGGAUGAAGAGGGACUGUGGUGGAGCUGCAGCCAUUUUAGGAGCUUUCAAAGCUACCGUUAAACAGGGCUUUAAGGAUAAUCUCCAUGCAGUGUUUUGCCUCGCAGAAAAUGCAGUUGGACCCUUAGCCACACGGCCUGAUGAUAUCCACACUCUCUACUCUGGAAAGACGGUGGAGAUCAACAACACUGAUGCAGAGGGCCGGCUGGUGCUGGCUGAUGGUGUGGUGUACGCCAGCAAAGACCUGUCGGCUGAUAUCAUUCUGGACAUGGCCACACUGACGGGGGCACAGGGGAUCUCCACAGGGAAGUACCAUGCAGCUGUGAUGACUAACAGCGAGCAGUGGGAGGUUGCGUGUGUUCGCGCUGGCCGCAGCAGCGGAGAUCUCGCUCACCCUCUGGUCUACUGCCCUGAGCUGCACUUCAGCGAGUUCACCUCUGCUAUGGCUGACAUGAAGAACUCUGUGGCAGACCGGGACAACGCCCAGAGCUCCUGCGCUGGCCUCUUUAUUGGGUCCCACUUGGGCUUUGAUUGGCCUGGGGUCUGGGUCCAUGUCGAUAUUGCGUCUCCUGUUCAUGCUGGGGAGCGUGCCACAGGGUUUGGUGUUGCUUUGCUCAUGGCCCUGUUUGGUCAGGCAUCGGAUGACUCCAUGCUAAACAAAGUGUCUCCUCUCGGUGCUGCCGCCAAUGUGUCCGAAGACCAGAUGGAGCGCGACUGCAAGAGACGGAGGCUGGUGUAGGAUACACGCACGACCGUUUACUGCCCACCACUGACCGCACCACCCAAACCGCUGAAGCAAGAGCUCGUCCAGCUAGAUCACUUUAAACUGUGAUUCAGCUUCCCGUGUUCGAUUAAAUUUGACUUUACCAAAUUAAAAAAAAAAAAAAAAAAAAAGAUAAUGGGUAAAUCAGGUGUGUUAUACACGAUUAUGAAAACACAAGCUCUCUUUUAUGCUCAUGAAUUGUCACUUGCUGCACUUGUAACCUCCUUUUAGUUUCUGCGUUUUUCACUUUUCAUAGAGGAUGCAUUAAUUAGAUUUUACCUCACGAAAUAUGAACCUUGUUUUCAAACAUCCAUCUCAUCAGUAGACAUUGUUGUACGUUGAUACUUAAUGUAAAACAAGGAUUUUUGCCAUACAUGUUUUCUUUGACAUUGUGAAGAAUACUGGAUCAGCAUAAGUGAAGCUAGAAGCUCUCGUCUUCUCAGCAGCCAUCUCACUUUGUAUUCUCCCCGUCCAUAGUUGUGAGAUCUCUGGACCAAACUGAGGACUGAGUGCUUAUUGCAUAUUAUUAUUGUUAUUUUUAACAGUUUCACAGUGAUGGGAGAUCAGUAAAUGACAAGCAGCACCAUAUAUGCUUUGUCAGCACAAAGUACUCAUGCAGGAUGUACAAUUAUUAGAUUCCAGCACAAGUAUGUUCUUUUUUCCACUCUUGUGACAAUCAUGUUGUCCUUCAAUAAAAGUGGUGCCAUGUGA